GUGUGUUUGCGUAACUUAGCUUAGCUCAGUUUAGCUUAGCUCAAGUUCUUCCGGGCGGGAGUGGAUUAAGGCCGUUCCAGAACAGUCGUAUAGAAACGUAAUUAAACAAUUGGCUAAGACUUGUCAAAUGCUGUAAAUAUGGAUUUCGACGCUUUAUUCAACGAAAAAACAUUUCAGUUUUCGGACUUCCAGGAAUUCACGUUUCUUCCUGGACAUCAGAAGUUGACUGAAAGAGUGAGAAAGCGACUGUAUUAUGGCCUGGACAAAGACAUUUCUUUGGACACCCUCUCCUGUCCUGUUACUGAUAUUGCUGUCGAAAUCUUCCAAAAGUCUGCCCCAAGCCCCAUCAGAAAGCUCCACAAGAAGUAUGCUUCACAUGUCGUAAGGGAGGCCUGCAUCUCUCCAUGUGCCAUGAUGUUGGCUCUAGUUUACAUAGAAAGGCUCCGACAUAGAAACCCAGAAUACCUUCAAAAAAUCUCCUCCUCUGACCUUUUUCUGAUCUCCAUGAUGGUUGCCAGCAAGUACCUGUACGACGAAGGUGAAGAAGAAGAAGUUUUCAACGAUGAGUGGGGAGCAGCAGGAAAGCUGGACGUCCAAACUGUCAACAAAUUGGAAAUUAACUUCCUGAAUGCUAUUGGGUGGAGCCUUUUUACAAAGCCACAUGACUUCUUUGACAUAUUAAGUCAUCUGGAAACCAGCAUUGCAGAGCGACAGGGGAUGAAACGUGGCUGGUUCACCUACACUGACCUGUGUGUUCUUCUGGAGCAGUCAGCAUGGAGUCAAGCUCUCACCACAAUCUACCAGCACUUUACUAAAGUAUCUUGUAUGCUUGGCCUGGUCUAUCUGACCAGUGUGGCAGGUCUCAUUGCCACCAGUGCUGUGCUCCAUCAGCUCAGUCUCUCCAGAACCAGUCAGUCUCCACUCGCACCUCAAACCAAAGGCCCCACGGACUAUGUUCACACCUCAGCCCUGAACCCUGACACUUCAGCUGCAGCUCACCACCUUCCCUGCUGUGUCCUGGCCAACCAAAGUGUCCAGUGUCAGACUGGUGCCACAACUGAAGUGGAGCAUCAGAGAGAGAGUCCAACGUCGGCUUCCUCACAAACAUCGUUGUUAUGCCUGUGGGGUUCCCUCUUUGCUUCACUGGGUCACACACAUCCUGAAACUACUUCUGACAUGGAGACCUCUCAGACCUGGUCCACUGCUUCCUACUUCUGCCCUGGCUGUCUGGCAACCCUCCAACCUCUCCAGUGUGGGUUUAAAAAUACCUCAGCCCUCUACACUCGUGUUUCUCAAGAUAACCAUCAGGACUCCUCACUGUGGCAGAUAACAUCCAGCCUCGUCAAGGCCACUCUCCCCAGUCUGGACUCUCACUUUGGGGGUUUUCCCUCCGUACAGCUGGGAUCCUGUCAUCCAAGCACUGUGUUACCUGUGGAGAAAGUUCCAGCUCUGCUGAUGCCUGGUUAGAGCCUGUGUGUUCUCACUGCUGUCAGCCUGUGGUGAAAAAGUCUGGAAAUUAAACUAGCAUUGUUUUCAUGACUCAUUCACAGCUUUAAUUGGAAUGUCUGGGGUUUUUAGUUUGGUUUAUAUGGUAUUGACACAUUUUUCAGUCCUAACUAUGGCACUAACUUGAACCACCAAGGUUACUUUUGGAGACAUUUCCGUCAAACAAGACACAAUGACAAUGACACAAGAAAAGCUUCCCUCGCAUCAAACAAAUUGUCUUAUCAAAUUAUCAAAAUAUCUUGUUGUGGUGAUUGCUGCUUAGUCUCGCCUUGAAAAGCAUUUUCAAAUUCCCUCACUCUUCACCACUAAAGCCCAUAGUAACAACCUCAUUGUGUGCAUAUAAGACAGAGGAAAAGUCAAGCAGAAUCCUGGCGUUGAGAGAAUUAAAUGUCAGCCUUGAUGGAGAUGAAAUAGAAACGGCUGCUUCUGUGUGUUUUCAUCUCAUGGACAUUGGUUAUUCAGACUGAACAGCUGAUUGUCUUCAGAUUCCUGUUAAAAAUACUGUCUUGAGGGAUAUGUGGGGCAAUCAACUUAGAUCUGCAGCUUUAUUUGGCCUAAUGUCUCUCAGAGCAGUAAUGUUUUCACCUGGUGCCGCAAUAGUUCAUAGAACCACACUUCCAAAAUAUGCACUUUCCCUUUAAGUUACAUUAAGUUUAUUCUUACAUUCAUAAAGAUUUUGCAAAUACACAGGGAGUAGAGUCCAUGAUUUUGAUGAUGUUAAAAUGCCAAAAACCUUUGUCAAAACCCUGACAUUUUAAUUCACGCAGAUGUUUUUGCUUCAAAGCCGUUUUGCUACACACACUUUUGCUAGAUUGAAGAUUCUGACCUGUGUUUUAUUGUUGGUGGGGCAUUUGUUUGAUUGUUUUGAGAUGAGAAGUGAGCAUAUCCUGGUGAAUUUUAUUCAGAAAACACUGUUGGUGGGGGCGGGGGCAGGGGCAAGGUUAUUUUGUCUUUGAACAUACACUUUAACAUACUCUUCAAGCACUGAUUUAUCAAGACCGUUGUUUGGUACUACUUCCAAUACAUUUUGUUUGCUU